CGAGGGGUCCGGCACCGCCCCGACCCCAGCCCGCGCCUAGGGCCGCGCCGCCGGCCGGGGGCGCAGAGCAGCGCCGUCGGUCCUGCAGCUGCCCCGCUCCGGCCCAGGCUCUGCGCUACUGUAGGAGGAGUUUGCUGCCGCCUCCCCCCAACGCACUGAGGCCGGAUUCCCCCCUGAGGUGCCACCACAGCUGCCAACAUGUCCAGCAAACGUGCCAAAGCCAAGACCACCAAGAAGCGCCCGCAGCGCGCCACCUCCAACGUCUUCGCUAUGUUUGACCAGUCACAGAUCCAGGAGUUCAAGGAAGCUUUCAACAUGAUCGACCAGAACCGUGACGGGUUCAUCGACAAGGAGGAUCUGCAUGACAUGCUGGCUUCCAUGGGAAAGAACCCCACUGACGAGUACCUGGAGGGCAUGAUGAGUGAGGCACCAGGGCCCAUCAACUUCACCAUGUUCCUCACCAUGUUUGGGGAGAAGCUGAACGGCACCGACCCAGAGGAUGUCAUCCGCAAUGCCUUUGCCUGCUUCGACGAGGAGGCGACAGGGUUCAUUCACGAGGACCAUCUGCGUGAACUGCUGACCACCAUGGGGGACAGGUUCACCGAUGAGGAGGUGGACGAGAUGUACCGGGAGGCGCCCAUCGACAAGAAGGGCAACUUCAAUUACGUGGAGUUCACCCGCAUCCUGAAGCACGGAGCCAAGGACAAGGACGAUUAGAGCCGAGAGCUGCCCCCCGCCUCCCGCACGUGCCACCCGCAUCCCCGCCCCUCGCUGCCCAGCCCCACCGCAGGCUCCCCCUGGCCGGGCCGGCGCCCUGCUCCAUGUCGUGCGGCCAUCGCGUGCCCGCCUGUCCUCUCCCAUUGCCCCGGGAUCCCGGCCAGGCUCCCCCCUCCCCCACGCUCCGCCGCUCCUCUCGCUCAGCAGGAGGGUCCGGACAGGGGCAGGCAGCCCGGGGAGCGCUGGCCGGGGGGGUUCCGGCUGGCUCAAAGCAGUGCAAUCCCUCUCCCAGAGGACCUAACACUGAAAGAAGCUCUCCCCUUUCCUCCCACACUCCCUUCCUUUAGGAAAGAAAGAAAAGAACACUUUGUUUCUUCCUCUUUGGCUGUUUUAUGGCUUUAGAGCCUGUGAUCUAAGCGAUUCAGAAAGCUGAAGCAGCCUAUAAAGUCUGACGGGUGUGACACA